AUGAAAGAACCAAAGGGUCAGAUGACAUUAAGAGUUAAUGUCAGUGACUGUGCACCAAUACUAGAAGAUAAAAGGCAUAGAGCUAACAGACCUACCAAACAAAAGCUGGGAAACAGCCAACAGAACCAUUGGAUCCGUCCUUGGAUUAAAAGUAUCGUCAACCACACAUACUGGGUUGCAGCAUCAAGUGGAAACAAUGGGCAAAUGAAGACUGACAAAUGGAAAUCCUUAAGCAACCAUCUUAUCAAUGUCCAUGAUCAUGAUUCUGAGGUCUUUCCAAGAUGUGAACAUGGCCAGUUAGAAGAACCUAGAGACUGGAUGCAGCAAGGCUCUAGAUGCCACAAGAUGGUUAAAGAUGUCGUGGAGAGUCCCUAUCUUCUUCGAGAUCUUCCAAAAUUGUCACCUGUUUACCAGACAUAUGGGCUUGAAGUUUUUCACUCUGUGGUGAACCAUUUUGCACCAAAGAGUACGCACUUCUUUUACAUGCCAAUGCAUGCAAGGUUGUGUAUUGCUGCAUUUCAUUACAAUGAAAAUGGAACAAGACGUCAGUCAUUAACAAGAGAGGGUGAACUACAGUGGAGUGUAUCAUACCCAAAGGCAAAGAAAGGACAGGAAUGUGUAGUAAAACCUCGAAGAGUGUCUGCAACCUUUGGUAAGUAACAG